AUGCAUAUUUCAUCAGUUUUAAACUUCUUGCCCCCUACUGUCUCUGGCUCUCUCUAUGUCGAUGAUCUACACAUCUCGUGUUCAGGAUCCGACAUGAGAGUCAUCGAGCGACAACUGCAAUUAGCUGUGAACAAGAUCUUAGACUGGUGUGAUCAGAAUGGCCACUCUCUUUCGCCAUCUAAAAGUUGCUGUAUCCAUUUCUGCCGUAAACGCUCACUUCAUAAUGACCCUGACAUCUCCAUUCGAAACAUUAAUAUAACAGUCGUGCAACACACAAAAUUUUUAAGAGUCAUUUUCGACAAUAAGCUAACUUUUUUACCUCAUACCAGGCUAUUACGUAGACAAUGCGAACAGAAACUGAACAUUUUGCGUGUACUGUGUAAUACAUUUUGGGGAGCUGAUCGCCUAGCCCUGCUACGCAUAUAUCAAGCGCUGAUACUUUCACGGCUUGACUAUGCAUGUGCAGUUUAUGGCUCUGCAACCGCCUCCAAUCUACGUAUCUUAGAUACCGUACACCAUUCAGCUCUGCGCAUUUGUUCGGGAGCUUUUCGUACAUCUCCCGUUGAAAGUUUAUACGUUGUCUGCAAUCAAAUACCAUUAGAUUUGCGUCGCAUGAAGCUAUCUCUCAGUUAUUACUUUCGUAUCAUGUCCUCUACAUAUCAUCCACUAAAGAAUUGUGUUAUUUCAUCAAGCUUGGAGAGAUUAUAUGCAGCUAGAUCUUCUCACGUCCGUCCAUCUUCUCAUACCUUCAUGGAACAUUAUACCAUAUCAAUUUUAUUCCCCUUUUAUGAUGUAUAA